AUGUCGUACGUGUUCGAAGUGGUCGGUAUGCUCAGCGUCGCCCUAACUAUCACGCGAACCUCUAUAAAAGCAUCCUUAACCACCACAUGUCUACGGGCGGCAAAAUGGACACGAUUCUUGAUGUCGGCCGUGGGCCGGGCAAUGCCCGUCCGUGAUCUCGCACCGUAUUUUAUCAACGCCAUUGGCCUUGACCCAUCCGAGGGUAUGAUCAGUAACGCCCUCUCUCUUGGUGACGUUUCGUCUAAUUUCCAGCCUAUACGUUUCGAAAUAUCUACCGCUGCAGACCUCGGUUCCGAAAGCUUGCCGCCAAUUCUGGACUCUAGUAUUGAUCUUAUCAUUGCCGCGACUGCUGCACUCUGGUUUGACAUGACACGAUUCUAG